AUUCGGAGGCGUCCUCUUCGUCCACGAGAAGGCCAGAGCUCCCCCUUCGUGGGAAUGGGAGGAAAAGGAGCUGCGCUUCUGGUCGCGCUUCUGGUCGCGGCCUCCAUCCUCCCGGUGAUCCCGUCCUGCUCAGCCGACGCCAACACCACCUCCCUCCCAGAGAAACCUUCCCUGCUGUCGCCGCUCGACACCGACCGCAGGGUCGCCGCCGUCUUUCCUCUCCAGGGGAAUGUCUAUCCGAGCGAGAAAUUCUACGCGCAAAUGAGCUUCGGGAAGUCGCAGAAUUUAUACUCCAUGGAUAUCGACACGGGCAGCGACGUCGCCUGGCUCCCAUGCCAGGUGCCGCCUCAAGCAGUGUACCCCCAGCCGUCGGCGGACAAGCUGAUACGCUGCGACGACCCGCGGUGUAAAGCCGUGCACGCCUCCACCCAUCAGAAGCACAAGUGCAAAUCUCCGACGAGGUGCGACUUCAAAGUGGAGUACCACGACGGCUUCUCCGCCGAGGGAGUCCUCAUUGCGGACACCGUGGUUCUCCACCUCACCGACGGCUCUGUCGUCCAUCCUUCCGUCGCCUUCGGGUGCAUGCAUGCGCAGGGCAGCAAUCCAAGCGGGAUGCUGGGGCUUGGCUCCGGUGAGAUCAGCAUCGUGUCCCAGCUGAGCAGCCAGGGGGUGUUCGGGAGGGUAACAGGGCACUGUCUUUAUGGCAAAGGGGGAGGCUUUUUCUUCUUGGGGGAUGCCCGGCUCCCUCCCAGUGGGCUCACCUGGGCGCCCAUGACUCGGAGCAAUUACUACUCGCCCGGGCCGGCAAGUCUCCUCUGGGGGACCCGGUCUCUAGGGUCCAGUCGCAGUGUGCUGCUGGACAGUGGAACCCCUUUCACCUACUUUGCACUCCAGCCGUACAACAAUUUUAUCUCUGCGUUGACAAAUAAAGUAUCCAAACAGCCACUGAAAAGGGUAAAAGACAGCAAGCUGCCUUAUUGCUGGACAGGCCCGAAACCAUUCAAGUCUAUGAGUGAUGUCAAGCAAUACUUGGAGACAUCUUUGGAGCUGAGAUUUGAUAAUGGGGGAGCAUCGAUGACAAUACCUCCAGAGAAUUAUCUGAUCAUUUCGAAUAAAGGCAAUGCAUGCUUGGGUAUUUUUAAUGGCUCAGAAGCCGGACUGAAUCGUGAUGUUAUUUUAAUUGGAGAUAUAUCGAUGCUCGACCGCUUGGUUAUUUAUGACAAUGACAAGCGGCGGAUUGGAUGGGGCAGCUGUGACGGGCUUCGCAAGUCUGUAACUUCCCUGCUGUGAUGCUCUACUUCUUACAAGGGUUGAAAAUGAAAUGAUGAAACAUUACUCACUACUAUUUGAUGAUAUGAUAAAUAAUUAAAUACAUCAAACUUCUCCUCGGUUGAAGGGUGAGUAUUUUGUUGCUGUGGUAUCUUUAUAAUAUUGCGACUCUUUGAAUAA